GAGGAACGCCCAAUGGCUCGUGGGCGUCGGUAGAGCAAUGAACGAAAACGAGAACGUGGAUGUGUUGCUCAAGGACUCGAGGACCAGGAGUAAAGUUGCUCUACGAAUUCCUUUUAAGCCCGAGACGUUCAAAGCCCAAUCCUUGCUCGCUAGGUUCCACAGUUCAAGAAAAUCCGAUAGUGGAAUUAAAAGUGAGGUCAAGACUGGGCGGGGGAGGCGACGGGUCAAGACAGGGAACUUCGAGGUCAUCUCCAGCGCCGUGACCGAGUCUGAAGAUACCUCGGCGAGCCUCCCAGAUGACCUCCACCAAAGCCCCCAGGUGACCCCAGGCGCCGUAGGGGGUCACCAUGGUGUUGGGGAUGACCUGGGGCGAGUCUUCACGAGGUGCUUGUCAGAGGAGGUCACACUCACGCCCACGGGAGGUCAGAGGGUCGCGGAAAGUCUCUUCGGCACUUGGCCUGGUCGUCCUCGGAAGCUCAAAAGCCUAAGAAAGAGAUUACUGGCCUCAGGAGUAAACUCUAGAAUCACACCCGACAAUGACCCCAAGGCAAGGGACAGCGACGAGACCCAAGAAACUGCCUGCCUGCUGCCCCGAGCGAUGGAUGACACCCCUAGGGCAGACCUUGGUGAUGGCACUGUGCCUGAGCUGCCCACCAAGACCCCUGAAGUGUUAGGUCAAAACGUGUCGCUCGAUGACCUGCUGGAGUCCCUGCCAUUGAUCUACGACCCGUCCACAAAGCAGCUGUGUCUCGGGACCUUAAAGAAGACCCAGAAUGAUGGUACAGGGAAAGGGAUGUCCGGUAAAUCGCCCAUUGAUGAAAUUGACCGUGACGUUCACCCAGAAAAACAGAAACUCGGGUCUGGGAAAGGAGUUAGUGAGGAGACGUCGGAAUCUCAGGAGGGAUGUGUUAGUGAAGUGGGUGAGGUGCCAGCACUGCCCAAAGCCCUGGAGAUCAUACAGGAGGUGGAGGAGAAUGCGGAAACACUUAAGCUCAUUGAAGGCAACAGCCCCCAGUCAGGCAAUGUGAGUGGGAGCUCGUCGCUUGAGAGAGGAAAUUACGACGGGGUUCGGAACGGCUUGCAGAGGAUCGGUACCAGUAACUCCCUCUCCAUUACGGAUGCAAGCUCCUUCUCAAGCCUGUCCAGCCUCAACACGGAGCUCUCGGCUUAUUCGGCAUCGGACAGCGCCGUGUGCCUGGGCUCCCACCAGUCGGACACGGGCUCGCUCAGAGACUUUGUGCUCACCGAUAAUGAUGGGAAGAGCAAGAAAAGAGGGAUUGCUGACUUUCUGACGAGAAACCUUUUUUCAUGGCGGAACAAAGACGGUGGAGGGGGGAGCGACGGGGCCUCCUCCACCUCCUCCUCCUCCUCCCCAGUGCCUUCCUCCCCCGUGGCCUCCUCUUCCCCUGGGUGGAGGAUCUUCUCACGGCCCAGCGCCCGGCUCUCUCCCUCCCCAGAUUUUCAGGGUCGUAACAGUGAGAUGGAGGCGGGCAGCGUUGGCCUCAUCAUGGAAAACCGCCCCACCAACCUUCCUGCCAAGACCGCCGGGGAGCAGCUGAAGCAUAAACUGGAGUACCAACGCAUGGUCUCAGCGGCUAAGAAGAAAGAGUUGCGGGAGGCCAAGGAGAGGAAGAAGGCGCAGGCCACUCUUCAGCGUCAGGAGGAACAGCUAGCGGUCGCCGUGGCCACGUGGAACUCUGAAAUACUACCCAAGUGGGACGCCAUGCACACACACAAGAAAUGCCGGGAGCUCUGGUGGCAAGGUCUUCCCUCGUGCGUAAGGGGCCGAGUCUGGGAGAUGGCCAUUGGGAACGACCUCAACAUCACGCCUCAACUCUACAGCAUCAUGGUACAGAGGUCUGUGGACAAGCUGGUGAGCCUGAGUGAGUGUGGCAGCAUGGCCAGUCAGGAGGACAUGACCAACAGCGACUCGGGUGACCAGGAGGUGACCAUUGACCUCAUUCGCCUUGAUGUGUCGCGCACGUUCCCGCACCUCUGUAUAUUCCAGAAGGGUGGGCCGUACCAUGACCCUCUCCACAACAUCCUGGGGGCCUACGCAUGCUACCGGCCUGAUGUUGGGUACGUCCAGGGCAUGUCCUUCCUGGCGGCCACUCUGCUGCUGAACAUGGAUGAGGCCAAGGCCUUCAUCAGCUUCUCAAACUUGCUAAACAGGCCGGCACACAUGGCGUUCUUCAGGGUCAAUCAGCCCAUGAUGUGUGCUUACUACCAGACCUUUGAGACGCUCCUCGCUGCCAACCUUCCUGCCCUAGCCACCCACCUACAGGACAUCGGAGUCACGCCCGACCUCUACGUCCUGGACUGGCUGCUGACUGUGUUCUCGCGUCCCCUGCCCCUCGAUGCUGCCGUCAGAAUAUGGGAUGUGUACUUGAGGGAUGGAGAGGAGUUCUUACUGAGAGCUGCCAUUGGCAUCCUCAAGCUCUACGAGGAGGUGUUGAUGACCCAGGAGUGCACCGCCACCGCUGCUCAGUUCUUGACCCGCCUGCCGGAUGACCUCUGCGCCGACGCUCUGUUCCGGGCCAUUGCAUCCGUCCGCACCUCCGCCCACAAACGCACCUUCACACAGGUCCUCCAGGAACACAUGGAUGCGAUGUCAGCCACGGAUGUAUGAUUGCGGGUGAAUUCUAUGCCCGGGUGUUGGUCCUGUGAGAUUCAUGGCUUGGUUUUAGGAGUUAUUUUAUUGUUUCGACUUAUGGGAGUUAUUGUUAAAAGUCGGUACGUAUUUCUUUCUCUUAAUUUUAUAUAUAUCUCAAUCAUUUAGUUCAUUCAUAUAUCAGUUAUCAUUAUUAUUGUUGUUAUUACUGUUGUUUUUAUCUGGUUCGUGGCUUCCUUUCAUCAUUUUUUUCUAGUGUCAUUUCCACCGAUGAAAGUUUUAGUGCGAAUUUAGUCAUUAUCCUGUUUUCUACUUCAUCCUUUUUCUGUGUUUUUUCAAGUAUCUCAACCUUUUACUUCAAUAUUUUAUCAUCAUCAUCAUCAUUUUGUUAACCGUCUGUGUUCACUCUUCCUGAGCGGUUGGACGCUUUAUGGCUCUCCUCCAUUCUACUCUGUCUCCUGCCCAAUGCUCAUCCAGUCCCAUCAAUGCCAAGUCUUCCUGUAUACACCUUCAACACGUUUUCCUAGGUCUACCAGCUGGUCUCCUUCCUUCUUCCUCCAAUCUCUAGAAAACUCCCAGCACUGUAUCCUCCCCUGCUCUCUUUACAUGUCCAAACCAUCAGAGUCUUUCCCUUCUGAGCACUGUUUCCAGGUCCUCUAUUCCACAUCUGUUAGCUAAAUCUGCUCUGGACACUCUGUCUUGCCACUUUCUUUCAUUCUUUUAUAUCAUUGUCAUUUGAUUCAUGGUAUAUUUUUAGCUCUUUCUGAUAUAAUUUCUAAUUUCAAAGGUUUAAGUCAGUACAUAUAUUUUCUCCCUCUAUGAUUUUUUAGUAUCUCAACCUCUUAAUUCAUUGUUAUGUUAUUAUUAUCCACUUCUUGGCUUAUUUUUACCAUUUUUUUCUAUUUCCGGUUUUGAAAGUAUUAGUGAAUCAUUUUCCCUUUUUUUCUCUGUGUUUUUCAAUAUUUCAAGCUUUUCAUUCAUUGUCAUGCCAUCACUAUUGGGUUGGGUGACAUGCUUCUUCGUAUUCAUGGUUCAGACGUCAUCAAAUUCAUCUAUGUAAGGCUAUGUGAGAAAGGUCUUGAGUCUGGAGUGAGUGGACAUGUGUUGCCGUAUGAACAAGUAGCGAGGAGACCGUCACCACGUGUUUAGGCGUAUAAAUGGGUUGUGGAAGGUAGGAUCUUACGUACGAAUUACACUAGGAUAGGGUAUUUAUCAGCACCCUCAUAAACAAACUGCCUGGGUCCAAGGGUUGUAUUAUAAGACAUUUCUAUGCCCACGAACACCAAUUUGACAAGGCUUUCAUAGGAGUGGUUGGCAUUUCCAGGAGUAGUUUUAUGACCCUGGUGGUAGUUUGACCCUUCUUCUGUACCAUGAACCUUAAGAAACACUCAUUAGAACCUGACUGACUCCCUCUUUGACCUUUAGAGAUACUAGCCUGAGUGACAAUAAGUGUAAUUUUUAACCUACCUGCCGUGACUGCAUCGUGUAAUUAACGGAAAGUGGGGAAGAGGCAGCACAGGACAGCUUCAUGAUAUUGCAAAUUCCUCAGUUAUCAUUUUCACCGAGAGGGAUUUUACUUCUAUCAGUCCGGAAAAUGGUAUGAACUCUUUGGUUGUGGUUUUUUACUCUGCUUUUUGCUGUUUUUUGUAACUUUCCGCGAGAUUAGUAACAGAGGAAUUCAUUUUUGUGCUGUGAAAAGUAAUUAAACUUAUCAUUGUUGUGUUUUUUACUGUACUCAUGAAUUUUUAGGUAACUUUUUCAUGAGACAGGUAACGGAGGAAUUAGUUUUGUGCUCUGAACAUUUACUGGGCUUGAUUUUGUUGUGUUCUGCAUCAUUAACGGGAAAUUUGCCACCCAUGAAAACCCGGUUACUCUUCUCUGUGACCUUGGGAAAUGGACGUAAUGGGAGCCCAGUACGUUUAAGACCUGAUUAAUUUAACGUUGAUAUAGGAUAGAGAACACAACGCCACUUUUGAGGAACAGGGAGACAUGUUUUCAUAAUAGCAGGUUUUAUUUUUCGACACUUAUUUUUAGCUGUCUGCAGAUUACAUCCUUUUAUCUUGCCACUCAUUUUAGAACUCAUUAUCACCAACUUUUUCUCACAUAUAGGCAAAAGGAGGGAGAUGUUUUUGCAUUGAAACUGGUGUGUAUAUUUAUUUUUAUUCAUCCGUAUGAGCACAAUGUUUUUGGCUCAUACAUCCUGGCAGAGUGAGGAAGUGCAAGGCUCCACUGUAGAAGUAUUUGCAGUCAUGUGUUAUGGUGCCUCGUGUCUCUACUAAAGGAGACGUUUUAGUAUUGAAACUCUUAUAUAUAUUUAUCUUCUUGAGUCACCCAUACGAGCGCAAUGUUUUCAGCUGUCAGACAUCCUGGCAGAGUGAGCGAGUGCAAGGUUCCUCAGUAAAAGAAGUAUUUGCAUGUCAUGUGUUAUGGUGCCUUGCGUAUCUUACUAAAGGACCAACACUCCAGAUGGUAGACUUUCCCUUGGCUACCUGUACUGUUCAAUAGAGGAAGCUCACACCUGUACAACACUUCCCAUAACUCAAGGCUGUAAAUAUGGUGCAGACUCCCCUUUGGUUCUGGACGCCUCACAUGGAUUGAAUUUGAAUACACAGAAGUUUCAUAUGCAAGACCUGUUCCUCUGGUAUUGGUUUAAUUUCAGAUAUUGUUUUUGCCAUUAUUUGUAGAGACAGUAAGAAGAUAUGGAAUGGAUUGAAAUUGGAUACACAGAAGUUUCAUAUGCUCGAUCUGAUCCUCUUAUGUACAGUUAGUUGUAUUUGCUUCAUUUCAGAUAUUUUUUGCCAUUAUUUCUAGGGAUGUUAAGAUGGUACCGAAUAGACUGAAAUGAAUACACAAGAUUUACAUAUGUUAAUCUCAUCCCACAGAUCUGAUUCACCUGUAUAUAGAGUUAGUUGUAUUUCUUUCAUUUCCGAUAUCGCCAUUAUUCGUAGAGACAUAUAAGGUGACACAUAAUAUUCAGUGGAUUUCUAUAUAGCAUCACACUUUUCUUUAAGAGUAUACUAAUCAUACAACUGUGAUACCUAAAUACUCAUUCACAUUUUUUGCAUUUUGAGAUAAACACGACAUAUUUGUUUAUGGACUGAAGCUUCCAUGUUUUGGUCCAACAGCGAAUCUCAUUUUCUAUGCAUAUCAGCUGAUUAACAUUUUCUUGCUUCUAAUCUGAACAUUGAUGGAGGCCGACAAUCACUAAACAUUUGAAGGUUCUAACACUCAUCCGUAGCUUCCUAAGUAUCAUUGAUUUAUCUGAGAAGGUUUGUGAACUCAUGUUGUAACCUUGCGUUAAGGCGGAAUGUAUAAUUACGCAUUACGAGAGAUAUUUAUGAGAGUUUAUGUAUCGUAUGUAAAAGUUGCCCAUUUUUUGCCCACGGAUGUCUUGUGGUAGGGUAGGGUAGACUGUUUUAUUUUGUUCUUAUGCAAAUGAAAACCAGAGAUAGAGAUGCAGUUUAUAUAUGAAGGUUCACAGCAGAGUUUUGGAUACUAAGACCUUGUUUCAUCCAGUGCUGUGUCGAGUACGUGCGUCUGUGUCACCCUGAACCUUUUGUAUGUGUAACGUACAUAUAACACGACCAGAGAUAUUGAGAUACAGUUUAUUUAUCAGGGUUUAGUGCAGAGUUUUGCAUACACAGACCUUGUUUCAUCCAGGGAUAGAUUGAGUACAUACGUCUGUGUCACCCUGAACCUUUUGUAUGUGUAACGUACAUAUAACACGACCAGAGAUAUUGAGAUACAGUUUAUUUAUCAAGGUUUAGUACAGAGUUUUGCAUACACAGACCUUGUUUCAUCCAGGGAUAGAUUGAGUACAUACGUCUGUGUCACCCUGAACCUUUUGUAUGUGUAACGUACAUAACACUACCAUUCAGUAAUUCCUGGACCAAGCUGUGCCAUCCUCACCAAGGCCUGUCUGCCCCGCCCACAACACUUCCUUGUCAUAGAGAAACGUGAACUCUUCUGCCGUGAAAACUUGGUACAUAGCUUAAAACAUUGAUGUCCGAUUAGUAUAUUUGAGUGCAGUUCCCGGCACUCGUAUAAUACCUCUCCAGGACUCCGAGUUUAUGCAAAAACGAAUUACGAAUGCAUGAUCUAUAUAGGCUACUCCUGAUACGGAUAUUAGGUGUUAAUGGAAAGGCAGAAAGCAUUAUAACAAGCGUUCCUAUGUAUUACUCUACCAUACAACAAUAUCCUCUCGUAUGCAAGUCAACUGGUGUGUCCUAUAAGCAUGUACUCUUACAAUAGGAAUGUGUAUUUAUAUGUACUCUUGAAUUUUAUCCUGUUGGCUAUUAUCUCAUGAGCUUUAAUUCAAUUGCACACUCAACCUGUGCAAUACAUAUGUAGAUGAAAUAUUAAGACACAUAGAGGAAGAAUAUUAUGUGUUAAGUGAAAUACCUGUAAUAGCAGGUGAAUGGUGUUUGUAGAGGAUAUGUGCAUUGUGAAACUUACACAUAUAUUAACUAUUGAAACUUCUUGAUAUAAUGAACUACAACCUGCUGCAGCCUUAUACUAUGCUGUGGGGAGAAACUGCAAAUACUAUCAUCAUUAUCAUCAUUAUUAUUUAGUAUAUAUUGAUUACGGCAAAUAAACUGAGCAUAAUAACAGUGUGAGUGAAGCAGGCAUUGAAAAAUCUGAGUAUACGAUUAUAUAAACAUACAUAAUUUUCAGACGUAUAUAAUAACUCCGCUCCAUCGUCCGUGUUGUGAGCAGGGACCGAGCCUUCUGGGUGCUGGGGGGGAGCACGAUAGCGAGUGAGAGGGUUCGAGGGCAGCAGAACACCACUCUAUAGGUAUACUACAUUUUAGGGGAAGAACUGUAUAGGAUGGGCAGGGGUUUUGUGUAUAGAUAGGUGCCUUUGAGGGAAGACAAGGGCAGAAAGGCAUAAGUGGAGAUUGAUAGAAUGUCUGGGGGAAAUAUAUAUUGAAAAAGUUUUCUAUAUAUGGUGUUAGGAGUGACGAGGGACAAGGGAAAGACUGUAUAAGGUGGGAAAGUGUCUGUAUAUUGAGAGAUGUGUUUGAAGGAAGACUAGGGCAGAAAAGCAUAUGUGGAAAUUGAUAGAAAGAUUAAGGAAGAUGUAGAGUUUAUAAGGCUUCUAUACUGAGUAGUAGAGAUGACAUGGAUAAGGGAGAGACUGUAUAAGGUGGGAGGGUGUCAAUAUUGAUAGAUGAAUUCAAGGGGAAGGUUAGGGCAGAAAGGCAUAAAUGGAAGUCAGCAGAAUGAUUGGAGGAAAUGUAGAGUGAUAAAAGGCUUCUAUAUACAGUGGUAGAGUGUGUCCCUAACGUUGAAAUACCAUGCAUAUAUAUAUUACACUCACUAGCUGUCAUUUCUGUAUAUUUUGCGCUGAAUAAUUAUCUACAUGAAAACGUUCUAAUCCGACUCUCAAUGCUCAAACUUAUUUUAUACGAGUGAGGUAGACAUACUGAAUUUAGGACUAUACAUACACAUAUACAUACAUACAUACCUACGUUGUUCCUUAGGAAAAUGAAGUUGUUUGAGGAUACGUAAUUACGUGAUUCUGUGAGCGUCAUGCGGUGAAUGUGUUCAGUGUGUUAUCAUCAUUCCUGUUGUCCAUUAUAGUCCAUCAUUUUUAUAUAAUAUUGUCCACUCAUCUGUGUUCUAUUUUAUACUUGUUGCAUUUUAAAAGACUUUUGGUCACUAUAAAUAAAAGGAGCUUUGUUU